GGUGCGUCUUGGAGAGCACAACAUCAGGGUCACUGAGGGAAACGAGCAGUUCAUCAGCUCCUCCCGCGUCAUCCGCCACCCCAGGUACAGCUCCUACAACAUCAACAAUGACAUCAUGCUGAUCAAGCUGAGCAAGCCCGCCACCAUCAACGAUUUCGUGAAGCCCGUGGCUCUGCCCACCAGCUGUGCCCCCGCUGGCACCAUGUGCAAAGUCUCCGGCUGGGGCAACACCAUGAGCUCCACUGCUGACAAGAACAAGCUCCAGUGCCUGGACAUCCCCAUCCUGUCUUUCGAGGACUGUGACAACUCCUACCCUGGCCAGAUCACCGACGCCAUGUUCUGCGCUGGAUACCUGGAGGGAGGCAAGGACUCUUGCCAGGGUGACUCCGGUGGCCCCGUCGUCUGCAACGGUGAGCUGCAGGGUGUUGUGUCCUGGGGCUACGGAUGUGCUGAGAGGGACCACCCCGGUGUCUACGCCAAGGUCUGCCUCUUCAACGAUUGGCUGGAGACUACCAUGGCCCAGUACUAAGUCUGAUCCUGCGAUCACCAUCUUACUCUGCUGCCUUUAUUCCAUCAUUCUGACUCUACUAUUGUUGAGUUUUGAACAAAGGGUGGCCAUCUUCCAUCUAAGUCAAUAAAGUUUUGACAUCUUGAAUUUCAAAUGAUGUUUCCCU